CUCUCACCUCCAGAGUCGUACCAGGCCCUCAAGGUGGCCUCCAGGACUUUCCAGAGUGUGUCGCCCUCUCCCUUAACCUCUUCUUUCCCUGUUCCUCCUCCGACUCAGGCGGGGAAAACGGGCCAGUCUGGAAGUGGACUUCAGUUUUGAUCGUAUAGUUCGAUUGCGAUGAGACCCGUAGAAGUUUAGAGUGGGUUAAGAAAUAAUGACUUCUUAAGGCUGGGACUGGGGCAUGUCCCAGGAUGAAAAGCAAUUUCAAAGAGAAAAGAUGCUUCCUCCACGGGCUCCCCACACACUGGGGACAUUUGCAGAAAGGAAACCUUGAGCAUUGGAAGGGAAAGGUGUGGGUGUUAGUUCUCAAUUCUCAGAGGUCGACAAAGCUUCGGCUUCGAAAGCCUGGGCCAGGACAGUACCUUGGAGAACAUUUACAAUCCACAUCCUCCUCCUGCCCCACAGAUGGGAAACCAUUCCAGACUGAAUGGCUUGUUUAUUAUGAUCACACAGCUAACUCAAGAGAGUACAGAUCUCUACUUCCUAGGCUUUGCUUAUACAUAAGAAAAUGUUUAGAUAAUGUGAUUAGGAGCUGGCGAUUACAAUUACUCUUGUCUUUUCCCCUUACUGCUUCUCCAGGUCUUUACUGGCCUGUGCCUAGUCCUGAGUAGUGUGAGCAGAUGGGGGACCGUGGAAGUGCUUGGGCUUGAACUAAACCUAAGAUAGCAUUUAGGCAAGUAGAGAGGACGAAGGGCAGUUAGUGUGGGAAGAGCUUGAGCUGAGGGCAGGGCUGAGCUAGUCUCUGUCUCUAAGAGUGUUUACCCCUGUCCGUGGGGUGGAUGGAUAGACCGAGUGGUGGAUAGAUGGAUUGGAGCACUUUGAACCUGAGGGUCACAGGGGAUGAGCACAGUGGAGAACUGGCCUACCGCAGAUUAGGGUCUUGAGAAAUGCACACACGAGGAAGCCAGUGCCUUAGCAAGCAUUUCGUUUGCAGUGGGAAUAUUCUAAGCAUCACAGCUUGAAUGGAAAGGGAUCCUGGCAACUGGGAACCAAGGAGUGCUAAGUGUUACAACCUGGGUGGAAAAGUCUGGGACUCGGGGCCAGGGAAUAUUGAGUGUUCCGGUUCGGAUGGAAGAGUAUUCUGGCGAUUAGGAGCUAAGGAAUACCACAGGUCAUAGCAAACAGCAGCUUACAGCUCUGGUCUAGGGAAAGGUUUCCCCAGUGUAACGGCUCUCUGCUCAGGUUGGGCUCCAGCUCCUGUUCCCUGGAGUGCAGGAGUGUAGUAACUCCGCUCUGCUAGGGGGAAGGUUUCCCCAGCCAAAGUGUUACAGCCCUGCUCUGCUCUGCUCUGGCUCCCACGAAAAGUGCAUUGCUGUGAAGGUGUCUUAGCUGUCCCCCGAGACCGCCUGUGCCAAGCGCAGCAUGGGCGGGGGGCUGAUUGAGAGGUAUGUGGCCGCCAUGGUGCUGAGCGCAGCUGGAGAUGCCAUGGGGUACUUCAAUGGGAAGUGGGAGUUCCUGCGGGAUGGGGAGAAGAUACACCGGCAGUUGGCCCAGAUGGGUGACCUGGAAGCCAUAGAUGUGGCGCGGUGGAGAGUCAGUGAUGACACGGUGAUGCACCUGGCCACGGCAGAGGCACUCCUGGAAGCCGGCACAUCGCCGAACUUGGCCCAACUGUAUUCCCUUCUAGCUAAACAUUAUCAGGACUGCAUGGGAGACAUGGAUGGCCGGGCACCAGGUGGUACUUGCAUGCAGAAUGCCAUGCAGCUGGAGCCCAACAGGCCCAACGGCUGGAGGAUUCCCUUCAACAACCACGAGGGUGGCUGUGGGGCUGCUAUGCGUGCCAUGUGCAUCGGGCUGAGGUUCCCUCACCCCAGCCAGCUGGACAUGCUAAUCCAAGUGAGCAUCGAGAGUGGCCGGAUGACCCACCACCACCCGACAGGCUACCUGGGAAGCCUUGUGUCAGCUCUUUUUACAGCAUAUGCCGUGAACGGCAAACCACCCAGGCAGUGGGGAAGAGGGUUGAUGGAGGUGUUACCAGAAGCCAAAAACUACAUUGUCCAGUCAGAUUACUUUGUGGAGGAAAAUCUCCAACACUGGUCUUACUUCCAGAAAGAAUGGGAAAAGUACCUGGAACUUCGAGGAAUUUCAGAUGGCAAGUCGGCUCCCGUCUUCCAGCAACCCUUCGGGGUGAAGGAGAGGGACCAGUUCUACAUCUCCCUGAGUUACUCUGGCUGGGGCGGCAGCAGUGGGCACGAUGCCCCCAUGAUCGCCUAUGAUGCCCUCCUGGCCGCGGGGGACUCCUGGAAGGAACUUGCACACAGAGCCUUUUUCCAUGGUGGAGACAGCGAUUCCACAGCAGCCAUCGCUGGCUGCUGGUGGGGAGUGAUGCACGGUUUUAAAGGAGUCAACCCUUCUAACUACGAGAAGCUGGAGUACCGGCAGCGGCUGGAAGAGGCAGCGCGGGCUUUAUAUUCUCUUGGGUCAAAAGAAGACACUGCGUUUAGCCCCUAGGGAGAGGGUGGUGUUUUCCUUUCCUUUCUUUUCCUGGUGACUUCUUUCUCCGUAGCCGUGGUUCUGCUCAGUCUAUUCAAGUAUUCUAAUCUCAUGCUCAGACUUUAGCGAGGACAAGUUCCUUGGGUGCCCUCAGCUCUGCUUUCUCACACGCUCUUCCUGUGUUCCCACACUUCCCUGCUCUCCCCGGGUUCAUCUCUGUGUUUGAGAAUCUUUUUAUUUCAGUUGAUGGUGUCAGCUUUUCCCCUUCCAGAAGCACCUUGUAUGUGAAUCUUUGUUUUUAAUCAUAGAAUUGCUCCAAA